UCAAUCCUCUAUCGAGUAUUGGAGCAAACGUUUUUUGUCCUUGUUACGGUUCCUUCCCUUCCCUUCCCUGAAUACUCCGAAAAUCAGACAUGGAAUCUCCGGCUGAAUUGAAAACAACAUCCACCUGCCACGUGGUGGCUCUGCCGUAUCCCGGCAGAGGGCACAUCAACCCCAUGAUGAACCUCUGCAGGCUACUGUGUUCCAAGAAACCCGAUAUCCUCAUAACCUUCGUAGUCACUGAAGAGUGGUACGGCUUCAUUGGCUCCGACAGCAAGCCGGCCAACGUCCGGUUCGUCACGAUUCCCAACGUAAUCCCAUCUGAACUUGUUCGAGCCAACGACUUUGUUGGAUUCCUCGAAGCUGUGAGCACCAAGAUGGAAGCCCCAUUUGAGCAGUUCCUCGAUCGGCUUCAGCUUCCGGUAACUGCCAUUUUGACUGACACCUACAUGGGUUGGGUAGUUCGCGUAGGGAAUCGGAGGAACAUUCCGGUGGGUUCCCUUUGGACUAUGUCGGCGUCGGUGCUGUCGGUUUUUCACCACUUCGAUCUCCUCGUGAAAAACCAGCAUUUUCCGGCAGACUUAUCAGAGCGUGGGGAUGAGAUUGUGGACUACAUUCCUGGACUUCCUUCCACCACUCUAGCAAAUUUGCCAACUUUUUUCCAUGGAAAGGGCAGUCAGAGCUUGCACCUAGCUUUAGAACCUGUUUCGUUGCUGCCCAAAUCACAAUAUCUUCUCUUCACUUCUGUCAACGAGCUUGAAUCUCGAGUUAUCGAUGUUUUCAAGGCAGAAUUUGAUUUCCCUAGAAAAAGCAUGAAUUUAGUCCAAUAUGAACGGCAAUACCAUUUACCAGUGGCAACAGUAUGAUAAAUUACCAUAUGGUAAGUCUAAAUGAUAAUAUGACAAUACCAUUUAGACCUGUGGUACGGUAUUGAUAUUGGAGGUCAUUACCAUUUUUACCAUAUGGUUAAAAACAGAUUUGAAAUCAAAGUUUCUCUCUCAA